AUGCAAUUAUAAUACAAUCAAAUAUAAUAAGAAGAAUUUAGUUAUGAAUUACAGCCAUAAUUUACUAUCAAUCAAAAAGAAUAGUGCAAUGCUAUUGCUUUUAAUCAAAAUCAAUAAUUACUCUUAGUUGCUUAUGAUAAAAAUAUUAAAGUUUAUCAAUUCAAUAAUGGAUUAUUAAUACUCAUCUAAAUAAUACCAAAAAAUCGAUAUAAUAUCUCAAUCCUCAAUUUCUUUUAUUAUAAUAAAUAUUCUUAAUUUAUAUCAGGAUCAUGUGAUAGUGUUAUAAUUAUUAGAUCAAUAACAUAAUUAAGAAAUCAAAAAUACAUUUAGAAAUUGAAUUCUCAUUAGAGAGGAAUUUGUUGUUUAGUUAUAGGUUAAGAUUAAAAUAUGUUUUUAUCAGGAAGUGUAGAUUAAACAAUUAAAUUAUGGAGUUGUUUCUAAUAAUAAUAAGUUAGUUGUCAAUGGUCUUGUUAAUAGACAAUUAUAGAUCAUAAUAAUGAUGUCUAUGCUUUAGAUAUUAAUUAAUAAUAAACUAAAGCAAUAUCAUGUGGAUAUGAUGAUACAAUGUUAAUUAUGGAUAUAGUUAAAUAUAUGCAAACUUAUAAAUUGAUAUUGAAAUAAACGAUUAAACUUUCUAAUUUUGGUUAUCGAAUCCUAUUCUUAAAUGAUUAAGAUUUCAUAUUUUAAUCCUAUAAUGCUAAAUUUCUUUCACUAUUUCAAUUAAAUUAAAAUUAAUAAUAUGUAAUAACAUAAUAAUUACCUGUUUAAUCUCUAAGCUAGCAAUGCAAUAUAUUUUUUUAGCCUUAACUUAUUAGGUCAAAAGGGUUCUUUGCUUGCAAAAAUAGUUAAAAUCUUAAUUUUAUUAGGUUUAAUUCUAUAAGUAAUGAACUUGAAUUAUUACAUUCUAUAAAACUUGAUAAUUAUUAAUAAUAUGGAUAAUUAAGUGAGGAUGGUGAAUAUCUUAUAAUUUGGGAUGAGAAAUUAGAAUAAUUAUAAAUAAGAAAAUAUAAAACAAUUCAUAUGUAAAUUAACUGA